AUGAACCACGAUCCUCUCGAGUGGGGAAGACCCAGCAACGACGCCUACGGCGCGUACAACCACCAGAUCGCCAAUGCAGGCCACCAGAACAGUGUGCCGGCUGACUUUCCCGCCAUGCACACGCAGCAGCCCAUCAUCACAGGCACGUCCGUGUUGGCGCUCAAGUUCCAGAACGGGAUUGCCAUUGCCGCCGACAACAUGGGCUCGUACGGGUCGCUUCUCCGCUUCAACAACAUCGAGCGCUUGGUGCGCGUGGGCUCCGAGACCAUUGUCGGCAUCUCCGGCGACAUUUCCGACUUGCAGCACAUCGAACGACUCUUGCACCAGUUGGAAACCGAGCAGGAGGUCUACGACAACGACGGCGGGCACAACUUGCGGGCGCCGCACGUGCACGAGUACAUGAGCCGUGUCAUGUACAACCGCCGCCUGAAGAUGGACCCCUUGUGGAACGCCAUCAUCGUGGCCGGCUUCAACGACGACAGAACGCCGUUCCUCAGGUACGUCGAUCUCUUGGGCGUGACGUACGGCUCGCUGGCCUUGUCCACGGGCUUUGGCGCGCACUUGGCCGUGCCCUUGUUGCGCAAACUCGUGCCCCACGACGAGGAUUUCGACAAGGUCUCCGAGAGCGAGGCCACGGACGCCAUCACCAACUGCAUGCGGGUCUUGUACUACAGGGACGCACGUGCCUCGGACAAGUACACCUUGGCGGUGUUCACGUUUGCCGACGGCAAGGUGGACUUGAAGUUCCAGCAGAACUUGAAGGUCGAGAACCAGAACUGGAGGUUUGCCAAGAACGUCAUUGGCUACGGAAGCAAGCAAUUGUAG